AUGCAGUUGGAAAAUGCUCGAAUAGCAGCGACCUUGUUCAUGCCAUUGCUGCUAUUUGUGCUGGCAAAUGGGGAUUCAAUUUCCAAACAAGGACACUACUACUACUACAACGUGUCGACGCACUCAUCACCAUGGCUGAAGAAAGUGAGAAACCAUCACCAGCAGCCUCGAGACCCCGGCUGCUCAAGAGCGCCAUGGAUAUGCAGAGAUCAGGGUGUCAAUCAUCACGACCCACCUGGACCGCGGAUGCAGUGUUGCAGGAACCAGUGUGUAGAUGUGUCGUCUGAUGCAAACAAUUGUGGCUGGUGUGGGAUCAGCUGCCCCUUCACUUGGCAAUGUUGUGGUGGAUUGUGUGUCGACAGCAACGUUAGUCCAUUCAACUGUGGGAAGUGCUUCAACAGAUGCCCCUGGGGAGUUCAGUGUUCUUUUGGGAUGUGUGGGUAUGGCGGUGAUCAGCCACAACCAUGGCCUCGCCCUUGGCCACGACCACCGUUUCCUUUCCCGCCUAGGCCACCAGAACCAUGGCCUCGUCCUUGGCCACGACCUCCGUUCCCUUUCCCACCUAGGCCUCCAGAACCGUGGCCUCGCCCUUGGCCACAACCGCCGUUUCCUUUCCCACCUAGGCCACCAGAGCCAUGGCCUCGUCCUUGGCCCCAGCCGCCAUUUCCCUUCCCUCCUAGGCCACCACAGCCAUGGCAACCAGAUCCACCCGGUCACCAUAAGGAAAGAGGCCAUGGAAUAAGCCCUUAA